AUGAUUAGAUUUCCACCGCUUACUGUACCCUCGUUCUUUCAUCCAAUUAUCGAGGCAUGGGUAAUCUGGCUAACAACUACGUUCAUCUCUAUUCCAGCUGCCUUCUUUUACAUGUUUGUUGAUGCUCCAUCUGCAUUGGUUCGUUGCCUUUUGGCAUCAGAACCAAAAUGCAUCGUAAUCACUGGGGCGAGUUCUGGAAUCGGAACUAGUCUUGCUCUCGCCUAUGCAAAACCAGGUGUCACUAUUGGAUUAUUGGGUCGCGAUGAAUCCCUAAAAAAGGUCGCAGAAGCUGUAAACUCCCGUUGGACGUCGGCAGAGAUUUUAGUUUGCGACGUAGCCGAUACUGAUAAACUUGCCCAAACCCUCAAAGAGUUUGAUGAUCGACAUAAUAUUGACUUGCUGUUUGCUAAUGCUGGCCAAUUGGGAUAUACGAUUGAUACGGACAAGGAGUGGGAGGACCAGUGGGAUCGGAUUAUAGAUGUCAACUUUGUUGGCGCGGUAGCAACUGCAAUGACUGGUUUCAAACUGAUGGAAAAACGCAAGAACAGACGUGGCGGACAGAUUGCGAUUACAUCGUCAAUAUCUGGCUACUUUUUCAUGCCCCAGACGGCCUACUACAACGCGACAAAAGCCGCUUUGAUCUCUUUUGGUCGGGAUCUGCGGUACAUUGGCCGCCAACAUAACAUCAAAGUGACGGUAAUCACGCCUGGUACGAUUGAUACCCGCAUGACAACUGAUCCCCAUCAACCAGUUUCCCUGCCUAGUUGGUUACUGACCAAACCUGAGACGUUGGCACAAAUAAUUAAGCGACGACUGUCUUACAAUCCCGCAACUAUUGCGUAUCCAUUUUCGGAGCAUUUGGUUUCAUGGGUUACUCAAAGUUUACCGACAGCUUUGUUGGAUAACGUUACGUGGUUGGUUGGGAAAGUUUCAUCCUCUUUCAGUCAGACUGGGAGUAGAGGAUUUAGCUAA